AUGCAGAAAUCAACAUUAAUUUUCAUCAUAUUUAUCACAUGUUUUUUAAUAUGGGCAUUAUACGUGGAAAACGACAUUGUAAAGAACACUCCAAAUUUAAAUGACAUUGAGGAAUUAAUGGAAGCUUCAAAGCGUUUAGAAAGAAUUUUGAAAUAUGAGAGUAAAACGAUUAAAAAUUUGGAAAAGCAAAUCAAAGAUUUAAGUUAUAUUGGACGACAAGAAAGAAUACAAUUUGAAAAUAAGACACCAAAUGAUGAACGAAAUUGGAUUGAGCCAAUUCCUGUUUUGGUAUUCUCCUGCAAUCGUGUACUGGCAAUCAAAGAGCAUAUCAAAAAACUAAUAAAAUAUCGGCCAAAUAAAGAAAUGUUCCCGAUAAUUGUGUCGCAGGAUUGUGAUAAUGAGGGUGUUAGAAAGGAAGUGCAAUCAUUUGGUGAUGAAGUUCAAUACAUAAAGCACCUUGCCGGAGACAAAGCUAACAUCACAAUUCCACCGAAUCAUAGAAUGUAUACUGCAUACUAUAGAAUAUCUCGCCAUUACAAGCUAGCGUUGGAUUACGUUUUUGAACAAAAAAUGUAUAGUUCCGUGAUUAUAACCGAAGAUGAUCUUGACAUUGCUCCGGAUUUUUUUUCGUACUUUUCUGCCACGAGAUACCUAUUGGAAAAGGAUUCCGAACUGUGGUGCGUAUCGGCUUGGAAUGAUAAUGGAAAACCUGAAAAUAUUGAUCUCAAUGCUACUUCAGUUCUUUAUCGAAGUGAUUUUUUCCCUGGACUCGGAUGGAUGAUGAGAGCAAACACGUGGAAGGAGUUGGGACCGAUAUGGCCUUCAGGGUUUUGGGAUGAUUGGUUGAGAGAUCCUCUACGGAGAAAAGAUAGACAAUGCAUUCGACCAGAAAUCAGCCGAACAGGAAUGACCAACUAUGGAAAAGAAGGAGCAAGCAAGGGUCAGUUUUUCAAUAAACAUCUUGCAAAAGUUAAAGUUAAUACCAAUCCGGUGUCAUUUUCUAAAAUCCAACUAGAUUAUCUUCUUCCGCAAAACUACGAAGAGUAUUUCAAACGUGAAGUUUUUGAAAUGUCUCAGCUGAUGAAGAUUGAAGAUGUUACGCAGUUUGUAAUGAAUCCGGCAAACAAAGGAAAGAAAAUUAGGGUGAUGUAUACCGGCAACAUCGAUUUCAUAGAGAAAGCCGAUCGUCUACAUAUCAUGCAUGACUUCAAGGCAGGCGUUCCCCGGACUGCAUACGACGGUAUUGUGACAUGUUUUAUUAACGGCGUUCGAAUUUUUCUUGCCCCUGAUAGAAACAAAGUUCCAAAAUAUGAUCCAACGUGGAGUGUUCCACCAUCUUAUGGAGAAUAA